CAUCGAAACGGUCGGAGCAGUUCUAACGGGAACACUAUUUCUGGAUGUUUUCCGGUUCAAGCCAUCCCAUCUAGUCAUAGACUUAAGUAAUAGUUUAAGUUUGACUCGCGGAUCGAACGAGUAUACAUACAUCAACAAAAUGUCGAUGACAUCGCUGGGUAUCAGCACCGGUUUCAUGAUCGGUUACUGUGUCCUUGCCCAGAUAGCUCGUCGUUUCGCCAAACGUUUCGUCGAUCGCGAAGGCAUCGUGCCGGUACUCAUUAAUGAAGCGAUCGCUGCAGCAGAAUUAUGCGCUUGCUGUUUUGAAUUAAUCAUUGUAGCGGAUAAUUUUGGUGUUGCCGCUUAUGCAGUCUUUCUAUUUAUGCUUACCAUUUGGUGGGGCAAAGUAUGGGGUGAUGCUUCGGCAUGUCCAUAUACACACAUGGAAGACCUGGUGGAAGGCAAGACAUCAUUGAAGGAAGUCGCCUUGCGUACAUGGGCCGAAUUAAUGGGCGGCUGUUGUGUUUAUAGGAUAGUUCAAGUCUUUUGGUGGUUCGAAUUUGCCGAAACUCACAAAGGACGCGCCUUUGAGGAAUGCAACGCUGAUUUACAGGUACACCCCUAUCUCGGCGCCGCUAUCGAAGGUUUAGCCACGCUGCUCUGUCGUCUCGCUUCGAAGGCGCUCAGUGAGAAAGAGCCGAAGUUCAGCAACAUCAUUGACUCAUUCAUUGGCACCAGUUUAGUGGUAGCAGGUAAGCGAAAAUCAGCCAACCAAAUAACACUAUUAGUCAUUAGUUCUGUCCAUAUGUUUUCAGCAUUUAACUACUCGGGCGGCUAUUUCAAUCCCGUGCUGGCAACUGCGCUCAAAUGGGGCUGCCGCGGACACACCAAUUUGGAGCACAUCAUUGUCUAUUGGAUUGGAGCAUGUGUUGGCGCGCUGUUGUCAGUGCCGGUUUAUAGAGUGCCAGUCGUCAGACGCUUCCUAGUGGGCGAACACAAAGAGAAGGAAGAAUAGAAUCGUGGCCAGCGAA